AUGUCGGCUGCGAUCUACUCCCUCCCCUUCGUGCGCGACCUGGUCGCUUCGGCGACGGGCAACAAGGAUAUCUUCUACAACCUCUCGUGGACCUCGGUCCCCCUUUCCCUGCUCAUCGCGGCGCUGCCUCAUUGGUACACGAUCUACCUGGCUGAAUCGAACAAGGUUCAGGGUGGAUGGUCGAACGUCAACCCUCGCUUCUGGGUCCAGUCCCUGAUCGCCAAGGGUCAGAAAGAAAAGCUCUCGCCGCUCGAGCUCACCAUCCUCCGUGGACAGUCUUGCCAGGCGAACGGCUUCGAGAACGUGCCCCUCUUCGUGGCGACGGUCAUCUGGGCCAACUACACGGGUCUCGAUGUCAACACCAUCAACAGGUUCGUCGUUGGCUGGCUGGCGUCAAGGGCCAUCUACAGCGUGCUCUACCUCAAGACGACCGGUUACGCCAACAGCUUUGCGAGGACCGCCGUGUUCCAGUUCGGCAUCGCAUAUAUCAUCACGGUGUUCAUCAAGGGCGCGUUCAAGAUCGCGCCCACCCUCAAGUGA